AUGACGACUGACAAGCAACAACAAGAAGAAGAAUUGCUUAUAUUGAAAUCAAUUUUAGGCGAUGCAAUUACAGAUUUCAGUAAUGAAAAUGAUCAAUUUGAAAUUGACAUUGAAUUUCAAUUGUCGACACCAUUUUAUUUACGUCUUAUCGAUAAUUCUAAUCAAUUAUCAACAUUAAUUCAACAUCUUCCACCAUUAAUUUUAACUGUACAUUUUCAUGAUCAAUAUCCAUCAUCAAUAUAUUCUCCAACAUUUGUUCUAUCAUCAUGUUAUUUAUCUCGUGAAUAUCUUGAAAAUAUGUGUCAAAAAUUAGAUAAAAUAUGGGAACAAAAUAUAAGUGAACCUAUUGUUUAUCAAUGGAUUGAAUGUCUUAAAGAACAAUUUUUAUCAAUUAAUGAACUUUGCCUAUCAAAUAAAGCUAUAAAUAAUGAUAAUGAUAAUGAUGAUCCACGAGCUAUGUCUAGUUAUCAACCUAAUCAAGCUGCAUAUGUCUAUGAACAAUUAAUAGAAUACAAUCGACAAAAAGAAGAUGAAAAAUUUCUUCAUGCAUAUCAUGAAUGUCCUAUUUGUUCAGUACAAUGGUUGCUUUGUCCUGAUUUACAAUGUCAAUUAGCAUUAUUACCAUCGGAAAUAAAAAUAAUUGUUAAUAAUGAUCAAUUAUAUGAUAAAUAUGAACGAUUAUUAUUACAAAAAACUCUUGAACAAAUGCCAGAUAUUGUUUGGUGUCCAAGAUGUCAACAACCAGUUUUAAUAGAUAGUGAAGAAGAUAAUCUAGCAUUAUGUGCUCAAUGUCGUUUUGCAUUUUGUAAAAAAUGUAAAAAAACUUAUCAUUCUCAAACCUUAUGUGGUCAUGAACUUGAAAUAGCUGAAUUAAGAGAAAAACAUCGUAAAUUACGUCAAAAAAUGCAAUUUCUCAAUUUAAUACCAGAUGAUGCAGAAAAAUUUUUACGCGAAUUUCUUGCUGUUGCAAGAAUCGAAAAUUCAACACGUCUUUGUCCAAAUGCAAAGUGUCAAGUACCAAUUGAAAAAAAUCAAGGAUGUGAUCAUAUGUAUUGUACACGUUGUCGUACAGUGUUUAACUGGAGUGAUGCUCAAGAUCAAACAACAGAAACAAAAAUUUUAAUUGAAAAUUAUGAAAAUGAUCUUGAUAAAGUACAACAAGCAUUAGAACAUGAAAGAAACAUUCAAGAUAAUCCACAUGAAUCUAUGUCAUUAAAAGAACCUAUAAUUAGUAAGCUCCUUGUAGAACGUACUAAAAAAUGUCCAAAUAUAAAAUGUGGAAAGCUCAAUAUUAAAUCUGGCAUUGGUAAUUAUCUUAUUUGUCAACAUUGUAAACGAGGUUUUUGUUUCUCAUGUGGUCGUGCUGUAAUCGAUCCUAAAACUCAUUUUGGAGUUGCAUGCAAAAGACACUCGGUUUUAUAA